AUGGCUUCGCCAGUCUGGGCUCUGGUGCUGAUCAUAGGAACCGCCUGCAGCCAGCACCACACGCCCAUCUCUGUCCGGAAAGAGAAGUCUCUGGACCAGAAGCCAGUCACCCCCGACUCUAAGGACAACUCCAUUAUAGCCCACUGUGAUUUUGAGGAUAACUCCAAACCCUUCUGUGACUGGACUCAAGUAUCUACGGAUGAUGGGGACUGGAUUCGAGCCAGUGGACCCUCCCCCAUGGGCAGCAUUGGGCCUCCUGGGGGGUAUCCCAACGGAGAGGGCUACUACCUGCACCUGGACUUGAGCUCCUUCCGGCCAAGUGGAGUGGUCCGCCUGCGCAGCUCCCCCAUAUGGGAGCAAGGCCCCCUGUGCGUGCACUUUGCCUAUCACAUGUUCGGCCUGUCGUGGGGUGCCCAGCUCAAACUGCUGCUGCUCAUGGGCACCAAGAACAAGCACCCCAACCUGCUUUGGAAACACCUUAAUACCCAGAGCCCUUCCUGGAUGCCCGCUGCUGUCACCGUGCCCACGGGCCGGGCCCUGCCCAGCCAGCUGAUAUUUGAAGGAGUGACGGGCAGCACUGCUUACCUAGACAUCUCUCUGGAUGCUAUCUAUAUCCGUCGUGGCUCCUGCAGCAGGGUCUGCAUGAUGCAAAUGUGCAGCUUUGACACUCAAGAUAAUCUCUGUGGCUGGAGCUGGAUCCCCACAGCCUCUGGAGCCAAGUGGGUCCAGAAGAAGGGGUUGUCAGGGGUGCCAAACGUGGGCCCCGAGGAUGACUUCUCCCACCCUGGUAAUGGCUUCUACAUGCUGCUGGACCCCAAGAAUGCAAAGCCAAAGCAGAAAUCUGUUCUCCUGAGCCCCCUGAGCCAGUCGUCAGGCUGUCUGAGCCUGUCUUUCCACUACGUCCUCCAUGGCCAGUCUCCUGGUGCAGCCCUCACCAUCUAUGCUUCUGUCUUGGGCAGCAUCCGGAAACACACUCUUUUCUCAGGACAAUCUGGACCCAACUGGCAGACUGUUUCUGUCAAUUACACAGGCCAGGGACAGAUUCAGUUCAUUGUGGUGGGCGUGUUUGGAAAUAUCCCAGAACCAGCUGUGGCAUUGGAUGCAAUCAGCAUUGCUCCCUGUGGGGAGCGCUUUCCUCAGUGUGACUUUGAAGAUGAUGCCCAUCCCUUCUGUGACUGGGUCCAGAUAUCAGGGAUUGGUGGACAUUGGACCUGGAGUGGGAAAAAUAUGCCCACCCAAGGAGUGCAUACCUUUGGAGUGUCUCUUCAUAAAGGUCACUAUAUCUACCUGGAGGCUGACAAAUUCUCCCAGGCAGGCCAGUCUUUCAGACUGGUAAGCCCGUCCUUCUGUGCCCCCGGUACAAUCUGUGUGGAAUUUACCUACUACAUGUAUGGCCUGGGAGAGGACAGUAAGCUGAAGCUCCUUCUGGGGAGUCCUGCAGGCAGUUUCCUAAUUUCUCUCUGGCAACGCAUUGGGUCUCAGAGCCCUGGCUGGCUGAACGCCUCCAUCACCAUCCCUUCAGGACAGCAACAGCCUAUGCAGCUGAUACUGGAGGCCAUCAGGGGCACCAACACUGCCUUCAUUGUUGCUGUGGGCUUCAUCUUGAUCAAUCACGGGACCUGUCAGGGUAAGACAAAACCCAAGACCUCAGAAAUGGCCUCGGUGAAGCCUCCUAGUGCUCCAACUACCUCCAUGACCACUGUGCCCCAGGCCACUGCUACAACCCCCAGUCCUACUCCAGCAAGCUGCCCUCCGGAUGCCCAUUACGAACGCUGUGCCUGCCCGGCAUCCUGCAAAAGCCCCAAGCCCAAAUGUGAGCUCCUCUGCAAGCCUGGCUGUGUCUGCAAUUCUGGCUUUUUGUUUAGUGGCUCCCACUGCAUCAAUGCCUCUUCCUGCGACUGCUUCUACGACAAUAAUUACUAUAAGCCCGGGGCAGAGUGGUUCGGCCCCAACUGCACAGAACGCUGUCACUGCCAGCCGGGCAGUCGGGUGGAGUGCCUGACCUCUCAGUGUGGGACACACACCGUGUGCCAGCUGCAGAACAACCAGUACGGAUGUCACCCCCAUGGCACUGCCACCUGCUUUGUCUAUGGAGAUCCUCAUUAUCUCACCUUUGACCGGAGGCACUUUAGCUUCAUGGGCAGAUGCACCUACAUCUUGGCCCAAUCCUGUGGCAACUCGACAGAGCCCUUCUUCAGGGUGGUGGUGAAGAAUGAGGAACGAAUGCAGGAAGGCACGUCUUGCCUGAGUGAAGUCUACGUGACGCUGCCUCAGACCACCGUCACCCUGCUCAAGGACAGGCGCACUCUGGUUGGGGGUCAACAAGUCACCCUCCCAUCCAUACCUUUUCAAGGCAUCUUCCUGGCUUCAAGUGGGCGAUUUGUGGAGCUGCAGACUGCGUUUGGUUUGAGGGUGAGAUGGGAUGGUGACCAGCAGCUGUUUAUGACUGUGCCCAGCACCUACUAUAGCAAAGUCUGUGGUCUCUGUGGCAACUAUGACGGCAACAGUAGCAAUGACAACCAGAUGCCUGAUGGUAGGCCUGCACGGGAUGAGGACGAGCUAGCCGUCAGCUGGCAGACCAAGGAGGAUGUGAACAAGGAGUGCCAGAAGAACAAGGCAAAUCCCCCAUCUUGUAACUCAACCUUGCAGAACACUCUAUCGGGGCCAGAGUUCUGUGGACGACUUGUGGUCUUCCAUGGAGCCUUUGAGGCGUGCCUGCCUCACCUCAUGGCUUCUGUCUUCCUCAACAACUGUGUGCUUGACAUGUGUAACUUCCAGGGGCUGCAGCAGAUGCUGUGUGCUCAUAUGGCAGCCUUGACUGAGACCUGCCAGGAUGCUGGCUACGGGGUGAAGCCCUGGAGAGAACCCCAGUUCUGCCCUCUGGACUGCCCACCCAACAGCAAGUACACCAUGUGUGCCAACAUGUGCCCUGACACCUGCCAUUCAAGUUUCUCUGGCAUGUCCUGCCGAAACCGAUGUGUGGAGGGCUGUGAGUGCAACCCUGGCUUCGUCCUCAGCGGUCUCCAGUGCGUGCCCCGAUCCCAGUGUGGGUGCGUGGACUCCACCGGCCACUACCUCAUGGUACAGCAGAAGUGGUUCAAAGCAGGCUGCAGAGAGCUCUGUGUCUGUGAGGGCAACAACAGAUUUCGCUGUGUACUCUGGAGGUGCCAGGCCCAGGAAGUCUGUGGUCAGCAGGAUGGCAUCUAUGGCUGCCAUGCUCAGGGGUCUGCCACCUGCACUGUCUCGGGGGAUCCCCACUACCAGACCUUCGAUGGAGCCCUGCACCACUUCAUGGGCACCUGCAGCUACACCCUGACACAGCCUUGCUGGUCAUGGUCCCUCGACAACCACUUUCUCGUGAGCACCACCAACGAAUUCCAAGGUGGGAACUUGGAGGUCUCCUACGUGAAAGCUGUCCACGUGAAGGUCUUCAACCUCAGAAUCUCACUGAUCAAAGGCCACAAGGUUGUGCUGAAUGGUCGCCAGGUGGCCCUGCCUGUAUGGCCUGCACAAGGUCGGUUAAGCAUUAGGCUCAGUGGCUCCUUCAUUCUCCUCUACACUGACUUUGGCCUUCAAGUUCGCUAUGAUGGGCACCACCUGGUCAAAGUGACAGUACCCUCCACCUACGCUGGCCGGCUCUGUGGGCUGUGUGGAAACUACAACAACAACAGCUUAGAUGACAAUCUGAAACCAGAUGAAAAGCCUGCAACCAACUCCAUCCAACUGGGAGUUUCCUGGAAGUCAAAAGAAUACUCUGAACCCGGCUGCUUCUUUGAGGGUGGCAAACCUCCUAGAUGCCAGGGGAAUGAAGUGGAACACACCUGGGAUAAAAACUGUGAUAUCUUAACCAACCCUCUGGGACCUUUCUCCCAGUGCCACGAGGUGGUACCCCCACACUCCAGCUUCACCAGUUGUGUGAACGGCCAGUGCGGGACCAAGGGCGACACCCUGACCCUGUGCCGCUCCCUGCAGGCCUACGCAUCCCUGUGUGCUGAGGCCGGCCGGGCCCCUGCCUGGCGGAACAGCACCUUCUGCCCUCUGAAGUGCCCAUCUGGCAGCAGCUACAGCCCCUGUGCCAACCCUUGCCCAGCCACCUGCCUCAGCCUGAGCCCCCCACGGGAUUGCCCGGCAGCACUGCCCUGUGUCGAGGGCUGUGAGUGCCAAAAAGGCUACGUCCUGAGUGGAACCUCCUGUGUGCCCCUCAGCCAGUGUGGCUGCACUGACCCCGAGGGCUCCUACUACCCGGUUGGGGACAGCUGGUACACGGACAACACCUGCUCCAGGCUCUGCUCCUGCUCCACCUACAACAACAUCUCCUGCAUCCAGACAUCCUGCAAGCCUAGCCAAAAGUGCGGGCCCCUGGAUGGGCUGAUCCGCUGCCGCACUGCAGGUAUGGGAGUGUGCCGGAUCUCAGACACCUCCCAUUAUGUGAGCUUCGAUGGCAGUUACCACGCCAUCAGGAGCACCUGCACCUACGUCCUGGUGAAAACGUGCCACUUCACCAUGGACCUGCCUUUCUUCAAGAUCAGUGGCGAGAAUGGGAGGAGGGAAGACCAGUCCCCUGCUUUGUACCUCCGCCAGGUCAACAUUAACAUCUUUGAUUCCCUGAUCAUCUUGCAAAAGGGCCACCGUGUGCUGAUCAAUGGCAAGCAGUUCACCCUUCCCUCCACCAACAAGGUCCGGGGUGUCAGCAUCUCUGCAAGUGGCAUUUACACUGUUCUCAGUGUUUACACUGGGCUACAAGUCAAGUUUGACGGCAGUGGGUUCUUAGAGAUCGAACUCCCUAGAGUCUAUUAUGGAAAGGUCUGUGGCAUGUGCGGGAACUUCAAUGGUGAGGAAGAGGAUGACCUCAUGAUGCCUAGUGACGAACUAGCUCAGAAUGAUACUGAAUUUGUGGACAGUUGGCAAGAUAAGGAGGCCAACCCAACUUGCCAACAAGAUGAGCAGAUGAAGACCAAAAGAGAAGACCAGGAGGAGCUAACUGCAAACUGCAGGCCUGAUCACCUAGCAAGAGCUCAGGAGCAAUGCCACGUGGCGUUUCAGGCUCCGGCCUGGGCCGAGUGUGCCACCCACGUGGGCCCUAAGCCCUUUCUGCUUCGCUGUGUGCUCAACCUCUGUGAGUUUAGAGGUCUACACAAUGCCCUCUGCGUGUCUCUGCAGGCCUUUGGGGCCGCCUGCCGGGCCCAGGGGCUCAAGCCCCCAAUCUGGAGAAACAGCAGUUUCUGCCCUCUGGAAUGCCCCCCCUACAGCACCUACACGACCUGCAUUCCUCCCUGCUCACCUUCCUGCUGGGACCCGGAAGGCCAGUGCAAGGAUGCCGAAGUCCCCUCCCCCUGCGAGGAGGGCUGCAUUUGCCAGCCUGGCUACCUGCUCAGGGAGCAGCAGUGUGUGCCCAGGGCUCAGUGUGGCUGCUGGGAUGCCCGGGGCCGCUUCUUCCCUGCAGGGAAAACCUGGCUGUCCAUCGACUGCACCCAGAACUGCACCUGCAGAGCAGGAGCCAUUCAGUGUCGUCCCUUCCUCUGCCCCCCGGGCUCCCACUGCCAGCCCAGCUCCAGUGGCAAGAGCAGAUGCGUCCCCCACAAGUCGGAACAAUGCUCAGUUCUCGGAGAUCCCCAUUACCGCACAUUUGAUGGCCUCAGAUACCGCUUCCAGGGCCACAUGACCUACACUCUGAUCAAGACCGUGGACGGGCUCCCCAGUGGCGUGGCACGCCUGGUCGUGGAGGGACGCAACAAAAUGUCCAUGCCGCUCAGCCUGAUCUUCCUGCAUGAAAUCAUCGUGAUGGUCUACGGCUACACAGUCCAGCUGCAGGCUGAACUGCAGCUUGUGGUCAACGGCCAGAAGACGGCCACCCCCUACAACCCCGAUGAGCAUCUGCUGGUUACCACUCGGGGCCAUCGACUGUAUCUGAUCACUGACUUUGAGCUGGUUGUCAGCUUUGAUGGAAGGAACAGUGCAGCGAUCUCCCUGCCCAGCACGUACCAGGGGCUUGUGCGUGGCCUGUGCGGGAACUUUGACAGGAACCAGAAGAAUGAGUUUAUGCUGCCCAAUGGCUCCCUCACUCAGAACCUCAGCGACUUCGGCAACAGUUGGGAGGUGGAGAUCAAGGGAGGCCUUCCCCACUUCUCCAGGGCCAUCCAAGAGGAGGAGUACAGAGAAGAAAAGCCGGGCUCCGAUGUGUCAGGAUGCAGCCCGGAGCACCAGAGGCUCAUCAACAGCACCUGGGCGUGUAGGGUGCUGGUGGCCCCCCUGGGCCCCUUUGCUGCCUGUCACCAGACUGUGGCCCCAGAGCCCUUCCAGGAGAACUGUAUGUUUGAUCGGUGUGUCACCUGGGACCCCAAAGGCCAGGAGGAGCUGUGCUGCCAGGUCCUCAGUGGGUACGCCAUCACCUGCCAGGAGGCAGGCACUGCCCUGGCCAGCUGGCGGGACCACACCCACUGCGACUUGGUGUACCCAGCCAAUACCAUCUAUCAGAGCUGUAUGACACCCGGCUACAACUCCUAUUCCAACCUGGCAGCCCCCAGGGAUUGCAAGGGCCCCUGGGUGGAAGGCUGUGUCAGCCUCCUGGGCCGCAUCUACAGUGCCACCCAGAGCCUCCCCCUGACCCUCUGUGGUUGCACCAACAACGGCAUCUACUUCCAGAGGGGUGACAGCUUUGUGACUGAGAACUGCUCUCAGUGCCACACCUGUGCCAGACCAGAGGUCCUGCUGAGUGAGCCCCUCAGCUGCAGUGCUGGGGGAAUCUGCACCCUGGGGACCCUCACUCAUGGCUGCUUCCAAGAAAGCCCACGUCUGCAGAACCCCUACCAGAACGAUGGGCACUGUCAGGAGCAGGGUGCCCCCUUCACCUGUGAGUGUGACUUUGUUCACGGAGGAGACCACUGCGUGGAACUUUGGGACGUGCUAUCCCCGGAAAAUCCAGAGGCAGCGUGCCACUCUGUGGUCCCCCUGUUGGGGAUGCUGGUGGCCAUGGCAGUCAUAGUGCUGGCAGUGAUCAGAAAUAGUGUUUUCAAGAAGAGGAGGAGAAAGAAAAUUUGGAGCCAGCACACACAGGCUGGCAGACACAGAUUCUGUUCCCAAGCCUGCCUUUAAAGUCACUCAAUUUUGAGUUGUCCUCAAAAGAAGAGAGAUAAAAUAAAGUUAUUUAUUUUUGGGA